AGGAGAGGAAGGCAGGAGGAAACACGUAGAGCCACAACACACCGCCGAGGAGCCCGUGCGCAGCUUCAAGGAGCGACCGCUGCCUUCUGGAGGAUCCUUCCUGCAGGAGGUCUGUUAUCCAGACGGAGCCGGAGGGGUAACCCAUGCUGAGCUCAGGGAGAAUGGAGGAAUUCGUAACCGAGGAGGAAGAGCCGUGGUACGACCAGCAGGACCUGGAGCAGGAUCUGCACUUGGCGGCAGAGCUGGGGAAGACUCUGUUGGAGAGGAACAAAGAGCUGGAGGACUCCCUGCAGCAGAUGUACAUCACUAAUGAAGAGCAAGUGCAAGAGAUUGAGUACUUGUCGAAGCAGCUGGAGGUUCUUCGGGACAUGAACGAGCAGCACGCCAAAGUGUACGAGCAGCUGGACGGGACUGCCAGAGAGCUGGAACACACCAACCACACACUGGUGAUGGACAGCAAGGCCUCGCAGCAAAAGAUUGAGAGGUUAACAGGGACUAUCGAGACUUUGCAGAACCAGGUGGAGUCUCUGUCAGGGCAGGUGGAGCAGCUUCGCUCCAUGGAGCAGCUCCGGGUCAGGAGGGAGAAGAGAGAGCGACGCAAGACCAUCCACUCAUUCCCAUGCCUGAGGGAGCUUUGUACGGCCCCCAGGUAUGAGGAUGAGUUUGUGGUGGGCAGGGCUGAAAGUUUUACCGUGGAAGCCAAGCGUCAACCGUUUGAAGAAGAGAACCAGCACCUGAGGGAGGCGGUGUCGGCUCUGCGAGCUGCUGUCCGGGCUGAGAGGGGUCGUAGGGAAGGGGUGGAGAGGGAGUGCAACCUCCUGAUAGCGGAGUUCUCCCGGCUGCAGACACGGGUGCAGGAUGCUGAGAGCUGCCAGGCGAGGGUUCGGGAGCUGGAGGUGGAGCUGCAGGAGCUGCAGCAGCUGCGUCGUGCUCGGACUUUCCUGCUGAGCGGUGAGGACGACGGCGUGGCUCUCACCCAGACUGUCCUCAGUAUCACCCCGGAAACUGACACCUUCUUGGAAGUGGAGGUCGGGGAGACCGGAGGGGGCGUCAGGGAGGAGACUGCAGGUGGAGGAGGUGUUGGAGGUGAGGCAUUACCUGAUUCCAGUCCUGUGAGGAAAAGCUGCAGCGACACGGCGCUCAAUGCCAUCGUGGCCCGGGACGCGUCCGGCCGAAGGAGAGGCAGCUACGCUCUUCACGCCAACAGCGUGAGGAAAAGAGGGAUGUCCAUCCUCAGAGAGGUGGAUGAGCAGUACCACGCCUUACUGGAGAAGUAUGAGGAGCUGUUAGGCAAGUGCCGACGACACGAAGAGAGCCUGUGUCACGCCGGCGUCCAGACUUCCCGGCCUGUCUCCAGAGACCCGUCUAUGAAAGACUGUGCCAUGGGCCCCAUCGUGGCACCUCCCCCUACCCCCACCCAAUCACCCUCCACCCCCGAAGCCAUUGAGAGCAUCAGCAAACAGGUGGAGGCAGUGGAUAAGCGGCUGGGGCAGAACACUCCAGAGUACAAAGCGCUUUUUAAGGAGAUCUUCUCUCGUAUCCAGAAGACUAAGAUGGACAUCAAAGCUACCAAAGCUGCCAAAUCUAGCAAACCUGGUAAAUCUGGUAAAUCUAGUAAACACUAAAUUUGCAGCGACUGGCUCUAGAGAGGAUGACAUCAUUGCUAUUUCCUAUAGAGGGUGCUACUUUAAAACGGCUAAAUUCAAGUACAGUUCAGGUUGGCUGAGGUCGAAUCAGACUCCUGUGAUCCAGAGCUGAAACCUUCCAGAAAACAAAUAAUCUGAUUUGCAUCAAUUUGAAAACGUUGCAGAGCUUCAAGCAUAAAAAUGUGAAUAAUUUCAGUUCAGCCACCCAUUCCAAAAUCUGUCCUGGCUUCACUGCCUUACUAACUGUACCUAAAACACUAAAGGGUACCUAAGUGGUGCAGCUCGUGAGCCUCGCGAGUGCACUGAAAGCUAACGUUACGCAAAAACUAAGAUAAUUGCGUAUCUGAGGAGAGACACGAGUACAAGCAAAAUCUGUUAUUAACACGAACUGUAUGUGUUACUUUGAAUAUAAAGAACAAAACUAGCAUUUGUGUCAGUAUAAAUAAGACAAAGAUUGAUUUCCUCACCUCACACGCCGCAGUGCAGCCUGUCAAAGAUGACCUCGAGGUGCUACUUUUACUAAUAUCACUGCUUACGUUAAUUCUGCUGAAACAUUUUAGUCUGGAUGAGGUUCCACCUUCAUGUGUGUGACCGUACUUUGGUUUGCGAUGCCUCAGCUUUUGAGGAAUAGUUUGAGAUUUUUGGAAAGCGUUCGAUUAAAAAAAUCCAUACAAAUAGCAUGUUUAUGUGGUUAAUAUGGAGCUACAGCUCAUACUAUCUACCACCCUUUUAUCAUGAAACCUAGCCUGGCUCUGCUGACAACAACCACGUUGUGCUUUUGUGGGGUUACCUGCCAGGUUAUUUCUUGACCAGGAGCAGAAAUAUUAUGAAUGAAUAUAAUACAGAGAGCCUGAUGGAUACUGGAUUUUGGGGGCUAAUAACAUUUCUAGGGAGUAAAUAAUCCUCUACAGUACUGACUGUGCUCAAAACCUACGGCUGGCUGAUACCUCACUAACAGGGUUACCUGCUGAGAUUGAGUAACAUGACGGUGGUCAGGGACGGGCGAUGUUAAGAAUAUUUUUUAUUAACUCUCAUGCAGUACAUUUCACAAAACUGGCAUUUGUCAAGCUGACACUAACAUAACUGGUAACCAUGAAAAUGCAUUUAUAUAAUCUAAGCUAUCAAGUUGCAAAUAUCCACAGUUUGCACACUGGGGAUCUGUUUAGCAUAUAUGCAACCAGGUCUUGUUUAAGGUUUGAUUUGAACACAACAGCUUACCGUGAAGUCGUCUCAGCUGUUAGGCAGUGCUGCAGACAGGGUUUCUAGUAUGUGAUAAAACCAAGUUCCUCAAGGGUCAAAGAUUCUAAUGCUCUGAAUGGACAUUUGAGGUCGGCUCCAGAAGUGAGUCAGUCAUCAUGUUAAAAGGCCUGGAGCAGACAUUAAGCACGUUCACAGUUUGGUCUUCUUCUCUUCAGCCACAGCGGAUCAUCUGCCUCCAUCUCACCGUAUCCCAGUAUCCUCUCCUGUCACACGAACCCUCUGUACGUCCUCCUUCACUACAUCCGUGAACCUUCUCUUCGGUCUUCCUCUUUUCCUGCCUGGCAGCUCCAUAUUAAACAUCCUAGAUCCACUAUCUCUCCUCUCUAUCUGUCCAAACCACCUCCCUUACUUUCUCUCAUACCACAAAACCUGAGCUUUCCCUCAAACCUAAGCAUCUCUGGUCCUGUCCCCGUUGGUCACUCCCAACGAAAAUCAAAUCAAAACUAGCUGAUGCUUAAAAAGUUACACAGGAAGAUCAGAGACCUGGCCACCCUGUCUGCAGACAGUGCUGAGAGUAUUUUCAGAGCCCAUCUCUUCUGGACAAACAGUUUGAUGAUCCCAUUUUUCUGCUAAUUAGAAAUGAAAGAAAACGCCGGUAUAUCUGUGAUAGGCCCAGUAAAUGCUACAAAGCUGCUGUCUUAGAGACAAGUCUGCAGACGGUUGUUUUCAUUAUUUCCUGGGCAUUAUGACCUCUCAUACAGAACACAGUGAAUAUUAUGACCUCUCAUACAGAACACAGUGAAUAUUAUGACCUCUCAUACUGAACACAGUAAAUAUACAGCAUAAGCAUGUUUGGUUGUUGGGGAGAACACUGAAUGAAGGUUUGUGAGGAACUCGCUUUUCUUUAUUAGCUACACAGACUCACUAAAUAGCUGAUGUGUAACCAAUAUAAGGCUUCAAACCAGGGCUUUUUCUAACACCUAGCAGUCUUACCAAACUAUAAAGCUAACCUGCAACAUAUUGCACCUUUUUCACAAUAUACAAUACCUAUGCCUUUUUUUUCUUGGUAACCUCCUGUAUGUAAAUCUUUGUUAUAAUGAAUGUUAUUACAGUUAAAUAUUUUAUACGCAACUCUUCAGCGUCCCGGAGGACACACAGGCACAGCUGACGCCCGAGGGACCCUGUAAGUGUGUUUAAAGAAAACACACACACACACACACACACACACACACUGUGGAGGAUGGAUCCGAACAGUUACUGAACAGCUGUGGUGCGUUUGAGGUCAGCGCUCGUGUCUUUUAGAGUGAUCCAAGUGAAAUGAGAGAAUAUGUGUUAGCAAUGCCAAACCAGAGCCUGUUAUUAUUUUAAAAAGGCUCGUGGGGGUCUCUGUACUGUAAUGAUUUACCUGUUGCACUUAAAAUGUCUGACGCCUCAGCUUUUCAUAUUUAGAAUAGCUAUUAUUAAACUGUACCUGUAUUUUUUAAUUUUGUGUGAAUGUUUUUUUUCUUUAUCAGUGCCGAUAUGUGAAUGUUGAUAACAUACUGUCAGAAUAAACUUAUUUAAUUUGCUUUACUUUUAUUAUCCAGUUGAAACGUGCGUUAUUACUUCAUAAGAUAUUGGCAUUAAUGUGUAGUCUAAUCUGGUAUUAGUUCCAAUUAUUACUGAACUAAGACUU